AUUUUCUGAAUUUUCUCAAAACAAAACAAAACAAUAGCGCAUCAGAUUGAGCGAUAGAAAGGUUUGCUAGAAGAAUUAUUUCUAAUUUAUAUUAUAUUAUUUUAUUUUAAAGACUACUACAAAGUUGCAUUGAUGCGUAGAAGUUUUGAAAAGGUGUCUUCAACUGUUCUUCGUACUUUUAAGAGUUUGCUAACAGCGGACCUAUUGUCCUCUGUAUCUAUCUUUGAAGAUAGAAUGGUACGAUUUUUUCCAAACCCUUACGAUGACUUCAAGCCUGGAAGUUCCACAGUGAUCGAUAAAGAUGAGAUAACUUCUCAAAUACAUGAGCAUACUAAUAACAUUUCUAAACGCCUGCAUCCUUCUCGCAAGAAUGUCGACGGAGGUUUGUACGUCGGCAUCACCGGGGUGUCCUACAUGUUCUAUUAUCUGUCUAAAAACCCAUUGUUGUCAGAUAAUAAGUCUGUGUACCUUCAGAAGAGCCUUGAGUACUUGAAGCCAGCUUUGGAAUCGUCAGCUGGAGACAAGACUUCAUUUUUGUUAGGCGAUGCCGGCACUUACGCCCUGGCUACUGUUCUUUACAAAGAAUUAGGCGAUGAACAUUCAGCCGAAAUGCUGAAGAUAUACAAGUCUUUGUACUCGCAUUACAUGAACCCCAAGUUUCUGAAGUGUGGUGGAGACGAGUUCUUUGUUGGACGUGCUGGCUAUCUUGCUGGGAUUCUGUGGAUGAGUCGUGAACUUAAAACAGAAAUUUUCACUAAUGAUGAGUUAUAUAAGAUCUGUGACAUAAUAGUUGCUUCUGGAAGGGAAUACUCAUCCAAACACCAGAGCCCUUGUCCGUUGAUGUAUCAUUACUACAGCACAGAGUAUCUUGGAGCAGCGCAUGGCGUCAGCUUCAUUUUACAGAUGCUAAUGUCUGUGCCUGGUUACUUGAGAUACAACAAAUCUGCUGCUCAGGACAUCAAAGCAACAGUAGAGUAUCUUGCUUCAUUGCAGACUGAGGAAGGGAACUGGCCAUGUUGUAUGGAGGAAAUUGGCCUGAGUGAUCAUAAACUCCUGCACUGGUGCCAUGGCGCAUCUGGCACUAUUUAUGUCAUGGCUAAAGCUUACUUGAUUUACAAAGACCAAAGAUUUUAUGAUGCCUGUGUCAAGGCUGGGGACAUUGUGUGGCAGAAGGGACUGCUUCGCAAGGGCCCUGGCAUUUGUCAUGGAGUAGGUGGGAAUGGCUAUGUCUUCUUACUCCUGCAUAGAUUAACAGGAGAUGAGAAAUAUUUGUAUAGAGCCAAAAUGUUUGCUGAUUUCAUGACCACCGAUGAGUUCAUUAGAGAUGCAAGGCUACCAGAUAACCCGGAGAGCUUGUAUGAAGGCACUGCUGGUACUGUGUGUUUCCUGGCUGAUCUCCUAGUCCCUGAUAAAGCAGAGUUUCCAUUCCAAGAUGUAUUCACUACUUACAAUUUUUAAAUGUGUCUGCCUUUGUUGAAUGUGCUUGUCUUGAAUAGUAUUAUUUAUUAAAACUGUUUCUGCGACAA